AUGUCGGAAGCCUCUUCCAUCAGUUCCUUCAAUGAAGACUCCGAUGCAGACAAUACAACAUCGUCCGAAGUUUGGCAGGAUGCGCCCCAGAUUUCACCGCGAGAAGGGCACAGCUCGCCUCGGGUUCGAUUUCGAUCUAAUCCGGGGUUCGUCGGUGGUGCCCAGCGUGAUCAGCCAAGAGAAGGUCUCCGGGAGGAAUGGGAUCACGCCCAGCGCCAAGGCGAGCCUCAUCGACCAACAACGCCUUAUGCCCACGAGUCUGCAGAUAUAACCGAUACCCCGUUGAAAGAUCGCGAACCGCCCCCUGGGCAAACCAUGGGCGUGCCAGGCAUCGACGCGAUAGAUCACUCCGAGAAACAAGAUGACGAGAAGAAACCAAAGAAGGAUCGGGGUCCUGACCGCCGAAGCACGAUGGAGAGAUGGCGGAAUGUGACCGAAAACUUCCGGCAGAGAGCAUCGAACUUUGGCGAUCGUCUUGGCCGUCCCCAAUCUGAAGGCGAUGAUUUGUCAGUGGGGAAAUACCACGCGGACUGGGCGACAGGUGGAGAAGGUGCGCUCUCUGACAUGACCGAUGACAAACACAAGAGCUCCGAGGAAAAGAAGAGAGAUCAAAUCCACAGCAGCUCCGAGGCACAUCGUCUUGUUCGAGAUCUGACGCAAGAUCACUCCCAGAAACGCCGGAAAGGUCGAGGCAAACCUUAUCCGAGCCCCGAAAAUGAGUUCAAAGACGAAGAGAAUGAAACAGGGCUUGAUUCGAGUCUGCGGUACCGGUCAGGUGGCGGUGGUAUCUUGUCGCAAUUGAUCAAACUAAACGGUGGUAGACCACCUGGAAGCGAGGAAAAGUCCCAAUCAUCUUCUGGCUCUUCGGUCGACUCCUCGACCACAUCUACCAGCGCUCCGUCAGGGGAAAGUACAGGCGUGACAACACCUCGAAAAAGCAAGCCGCCAAAAUGGUACAAGAAGAACCAAAAUACCUCCAACUCGACCUUGAUUGGCGGGGGUCCUGGUACCUUUAGUGGCGCCAGCACUCCUGUCUCCAAUGAAGUUCUGUCUGCCGCCUCGAAGCGCCGUGGGCAAGAGACUAGCGGGGAAACACAUGGGGGCCCAGGGGCAGGCGGCCGCAACGUCCGACUCGAAGACGAAAUUCGAGUGACAGUUCACAUUGCCGAGAUAAUUUGUCGCCAGCGAUACAUCAUGCAGCUCUGCAGGGCACUGAUGUCUUUCGGUGCCCCGACACACAGAUUGGAGGAGUACAUGCAGAUGACCGCGAAAGUGCUUGAAGUUGACAGUCAGUACUUGUACCUGCCAGGUUGCAUGGUGAUGUCAUUUGAUGAUCCCUCGACCCGUACAACGGAGGUGAAGUUGGUUCGCGUUGCGCAAGGGGUGGAUCUGGCGCGUCUUUCGGACACACACCUUGUUUACAAAAAUGUGAUACAUGACGUCAUGGGUAUCGAAGAAGCAGUGCAAGAGCUCGACGUGAUCAUGAAGAAGAAGCCCCGGUUUCCUAAGUGGAUUGUUGUCUUAGUUUAUGGACUGGCCACAGCCACUGUGGGGCCUUUUGCCUUCAACGCUCGACCGAUUGAUAUGCCAAUCAUUUUCCUCAAUGGAAUUCUCGUUGGUCUGAUGCAGCAUGUGGCUGCGCCUCGCUCGGUGCUGUACUCGAAUGUUUUUGAAGUGACAUCUACUGUCGUCACAUCGUUUCUUGCUCGAGGCUUUGGAAGCAUCCCACUCAAGCUUGUGGAUGGCAAGAGAGAGUACCUAUUUUGCUUCUCGGCAAUCGCUCAAGCUUCCAUCGCAUUGAUCCUACCAGGCUUUUUGGUGUUAUGUAGUAGCCUAGAGCUCCAGUCGCACCAGAUCAUCGCAGGAUCGAUUCGCAUGGUGUAUGCUCUUCUGUUCUCUCUAUUCAUCGGCUAUGGAAUCACAGUUGGGACAACUAUCUACGGGCUCAUGGAUAAUGGCGCAGUCUCCGAUACCUCGUGUCCAUCGCAUGGUGCCUUCCAAAACCCUUAUGUGCAGCGAUUCCCUUUUGUUGCGAUCAUGACAGUGUGGUUGCUGAUCAUCAACCAAGGGAAGUGGAAGCAGCUUCCUCCCAUGAGUGUCAUUGCAUUGGCUGGGUACAUCAGCAACUACUUCAGCACCAAAAAGCUAGGAUCAAACUCGCAAGUCGCAAACACUGUUGGUGCAUUUACUAUCGGGAUCAUGGGUAAUUUGUACAGCCGCCUUUGGCAUGGCCACGCCGCGACAGCUAUCCUGCCAGGUAUAUUCAUUCUCGUUCCCUCCGGCCUCGCCGCAACAGGAUCCUUGAUUUCGGGUGUCCAGUCAGCAGAUGAAAUCCGCCAAAAUGUCUCUUCUCACGGGUCUGCAAGCUCAACACCGGGAGCUGGGUUGCAGUCAAGCAGUUCGGUUUUCAGUUUGGGAUUCGGCAUGAUCCAAGUCGCUAUUGGAAUCACGAUUGGAUUGUUCAUUUCUGCAUUGGUAGUGUAUCCGUAUGGAAAAGCUCGCAGUGGCUUGUUCAGCUUUUAG